AUGUGGCAUCUUUCAGUUUCAGCACUCAGUCUCGGGCUAGCAUUGACCGUGGCCGCAGCACCCACCCCAGCCCAACCCAAAAUCUUGCGGCGAUUGACACCCGGGGCCAACGUUAUUUCCCUCAGUCGAACGAACUCCAUCACUGAUCUCGAAACUGGACAGUUUAAUGAGACAUUUUGUAUGGCUCAUAUGACCUACUUAGAAAGGAAGCAAUAUGCAAAUGCGUUGGCAUACUAUCAGAAUACUGGGGAGGUUCACCCAGACCUGAACGUUUCAGUCGAACAGCUGCAGACCACCCAUGCUCGGCUGUUCCGCCGUCAGGCUGCCCAGAAUACUACCAUCACUCUGACUGACAUUGGACCGGAUCUCCUCUGGAGCGGCCCUGUAACAGUUGGCUCGAAGACCUUUAAUGUCGAUUUCGAUACUGGCAGCUCCGACUUCUUCUUGGCAUCUGAUCAAUGCCCAGCUGCACAAUGCGCAGGCAAGAAUAUAUAUACACCUUCGCAGGUUAGCCAUAUCUUUUUGAUUCUCAAUGCCGAUCUCAGACAUGCCUACUCGGUUCAGUCAUCUACAUCAGCCAAGACGCCCAAUACCUUCCAAAUAUCGUUUGGUGAUGGCUCGGCAGUGCGUGCCAAUGUCUUUACCGACACUGUCUCUAUUGGUGGCCUGGCUAUCACCAACUCGGGUGUAGGCGCAGUGACCCAGCUGAGCCAGAGCUUCACCAACGCCGGCGGUGACACAAGUGAUGGUUUGAUGGGGAUGGCUUUCCCAGUCCUCGCCGAGUCUAAACAGACACCAUAUUUCAGCAAUCUUGCAAAGCUUAGUCCAACGCAGGGCAUGAUGAGCUUCAAAUUUGUUGGAAAGAACGCGCCAGGAAGUGAGUUGACGGUUGGAGGGAUGAAUACGGCCGCAUUCACCGGGCAGGUCGCCUUCUCGCCCGUGCUGACCACGCAAGGCCAGCCACCAUCGUUCUGGACCAUUAACAUGGGGCAGGCGAGCGUUGGCGGAAAACCGGUACAAACUGCUUCACAAUUCGCGACGAUCGAUACCGGUACAUCCGUCGUCAUCGCGCCCCAGGCCGACGCCCAAGCCAUCUAUGCAGCCAUCCCGGGAUCGAAGCUCGGGCAGAAUGGGCUGUUCACCUAUCCGUGCAAUGCAAACCCGGAUGUCGCACUUAAUUUCGCAGGGCAGAACUUUAACAUAAAAGCCGCAGAUAUGAGUCUCGGCUCUGAUGCCACUAACACGACAUGUGUGGGAGCGAUCGUACCUAGCGCACAACGUAAUGCAUGGCUUGUCGGCGACUCGUUCCUCAAGAACGUGUAUACUGUAUUCGAUCAGACUAACCUUCAAGUAGGAUUUGCCAAACUCGCGUAA